GGUUACGUAAGCAUCUCACCCAAAUCUUAAAAGUUGCUUCGCACCACCCAGUAUCGGUUAAUAAAUUUGUUUUCUUCGAUAAUCAUCACUAAGAGACACAGACAGAUACAUCUACCCACUUGAAUCGUAAUCGAUGGUUAUAGUUGUUGUGGUAUAGCUCCUCCAUUGUACCAAAAACUGGUGGUUUUGAUGUUCCUCGCCUCGGAAUAUGCACUUGGCCACGCCCCUUAUAGCUCGAGGCAUUGACCACUCCACUGCGCAAACAAUCCUUUCCUUACUCUUCGACGUGUUUACUCGAAUGUCCUUUGUUUCGCUCGACUGCCAUCAUGGAAUGCCGACUGACCAAACUUCCCACAGAGCUUCAGCUUCUCAUCAUCGAGAAACUCCAGGAGCCGGGCGAGGAUAGCCGGCAGCUCGUCAUCAACCUUAGCAACACCUGCUCCAGUUUCCGGUCACUUCUGGCCCCGAAGCUGUUCCAUAGCAUCACUCUUCAUAACACCGAGGGAAGCGCAGCCUUAGCUCUAGCAGCAGCAAACAAUCACAUUGCUCAACAUGUCAAACGGUUGGACUUCAAAGCAACUCUCUUUGGGACGCGAAUCAGCCCGUAUUCAUAUUUCGCCACCAGAGUUCUUAUCCCCAAGGCAGUACGAAGCAUUCUAGGCAACCUCAACCUGUUCCCUAAGCUCGAUACGCUUAGUAUUCAAUUCGAUGCGCAGAGCUUCCCUGGGAUUCUCUGGGACAUUUUGGGCGACGAGGAGCCAAUCGAAGAUGCACUCAAACUAGAAAAAGAGCAGCCGUGGAGGCGUUUGAUGGCCGAAACAUACAAAUUACUUUGUGGAAAUAAAUCACAUAGCAUCAAAACACUCCUUCUCCAAGACUUAAUUCCCUUGGGAGUGUCCACUUUCACCAACUCAGACUUUCACAAGUUCCUGAGCACUUUGGAGCAUUUCCGCAUCACUUUGCUCGGGGGAAUGGCGGGACAUGACGGGAAUUUUUCGAGUAUACAUAAUUCAGGGUACAAAAGCUUUGUUAGCCGGCUUCCCGUCUUUUUCCUUGAUCAUCUUGACUCAGUCAAGACGCUCAGCAUCGCCGGCACUAGAAAUGGUAUGCUAGGUCUGAAUCCGAGCACCUGCUCGGCUGAAUUACCGCUAGCGAAUCUCCGAAUACCAAACCUUGAGUCGUUCUCCCUGGAAUGGACGUUCAUCUACGAUGAGCUUAUUCAGUUCCUUACUGCGCACGCAAAAACUCUAAAACUCAUAUCAUUACACAACUGCUAUGGACAUUCUCAGGAUUCUAUCAGAUGUGUAAGAUGGCAUGAAGUAUUCGACAAGCUCGCCGAUGUUGGACCCAUAAGCCUGAAACGAGUUGAUAUCACAAUUCCAACGGCGAAACAAAUUGUCUACUAUAGCCAGUCGUAUGAGGCAAAGAUACAAGAAGUUCAACAACUUCAGCAGAAAGAGCCCGAACGGCUCAUCUUUGCGUAUGGCUUUCUAUCGUAUGGAAUACUUGUUGACGCUACCUCGGAUAAUACCGAGGCUUUCAUCAAUGGCGACGAUGAAAAGGCGUACGCACGACUGGCGGCGAUCGUCAAAGCCAACAGAAUAUCAAGUCCCACGUCUAAAAAGCGUAUCUGAGGAUGCCGCUCAACGCAGAAAUUGCAUCCCUAGUCUUGGUUCGAGGACGCCGGUAGAGGAAAAGAGGUAGAUCAAGGAGGAGAUGGAGAGGCAUUGUGUUGAUUGACUAACUAAUUGCUUGUAUUGAUAUCGAGGCAAUCUUUCGA